UGUCUGUCUGUCUGAGGGUUUUCAAGCGACUUGGUGUUGUCAAGGCAAAGGUGAAAGUGAUUUCCGUUCUGUCACCUCCAGGCGCCACUGGCUCCGCUUUCAGUGACUCAAGACCCUAGGCCCUUGUCGAGAAGAGUCCGGCCACUUUCGAAGAAGAAAUGGAGAUGAAGGAAUGAAUGAGUUGAAGGCUGCCCUAAGAGAUUUGGAUCAGCGUUACUCAUAUUUCAAGCAGCAACAAUUCACCUUUAUUACGGCUCUGGACCACACGCGGGAGAAUGCCCAUGACAAGACCCAACCUGUGUCCACUCUUGCUCAGGUUCAGAAUUACCUGGAUCACCACUGUAACAACGCGACUGACAAGCGAAUCAUGAUCAUGUUCGUGGAUCUUUGCAAAGAUCUCAGUGACUUUUGUACUCAACUUCAGGAUAUAAAUCCCAAAUCCUGCUCACCUGAUGAUGUACUGGAGAAGUGCAAAGUCCUCCUCAGCUGCAACAAUGACAUGAGAAACCUCAGAGUGAAAUAUCCACAUGAUGAGGUGAACCACCUGAGCUGUGAAGAAGCAAAGCACCAUUACGGGGGUGUGAUCAGCAUCCUUCCAUUUGCUCUAGAUUACUUAAAAGACGGUAUUGGCAUCAUCGAGUUAGCCCAGUAUGAAGCUGCAAAAAAUAACAGGUAUGCUGAGUGCCACAAGAGAGACCAACCAAAAGGCCACAAAGAGAGCAGCGCACAAACUGGUCAAUUGCCGUCGGAAAAUUGUGAAAUCGCAGCCAUGAAAUUGAAAGCAUCCAUCAAAAAGAAAAAUAGGUUAUUAAUGACCAAAGCACCAUGGGUACCACCUGGUAAAACCAAUGGUCUUUGAGUCUUGCAAUAUGCAAGCAUCCCACUCAUCACCACUGUUAGCGCUUGCCUGCACUCCUGAUAGCUUAAUGCCGUGAUUAAACUGCCCAAGCCCUUCCAAUCAUGUGUCCAGCAGAGAAUCACUUGUUACAGACUUCUGCAAAACACAUUUUCAAAAGAGCUCCUUCAUAAAAAUGAUAGUUUGCUUCAAAAAUAUAUAUUUUAAAUGCUGCAUUUAUUGAGGGAUUUUCAUGAUCACAGGGCAUUCUGGAGCAUUGUAGAGCUGAUGUACUUUUGUGGUCUGGUAACUGUUGUCAUGGGAAGAGCGACAAACAUCAUUGCAUACAUUGCAAUGGCAGAUUAUCUCAUUUUUGUGUGAUAAAUAUCACCCAGGACAUCACAGAGAAUGUUCUUGUUCAUCUUCACUGGAUAUCAGGAUCCACUGCAUUCUCCUUAAAGAGAUGGUGGAACCUAAGUUUAAUCCCCCCCAAUGAGACAGCCCUCUCUCAGUGCUCCACAGAGUGCUAGCUUUGCCUUUCUGCCCAUUGCGUUGUUUGUUUACAAAGUGGGGACUGUGACCCUUGGGGGGUCACGGAAUGUUAAAAAAUGGGUUGCUGUCACCUAGAGGUCUUUAAAAUGAUGAGAGGGAUAGACAGAGUUGAUGUGGACAACCUUUUCCCUUUGAGAAUAGGGAAGAUUCAAACAAGAGGACAUGACUUCAGAAUUAAGGGACAGAAGUUUAGGGGUAAUAUGAGGGGGAACUUCUUUACUCAGAGAGUGGUAGCGGUGUGGAAUGAGCUUCCAGUGGAAGUGGUGGAGGCAGGUUCAUUGGUAUCAUUUAAAAAUAAAUUGGAUAGGCAUAUGGAUGAGAAUGGAAUGGAGGGUUAUGGUAUGAGUGCAGGCAGGUGGGACUAAGGGGAAAAAAAGUUGUUCGGCACGGACUUGUAGGGCCGAGAUGGCCUGUUUCCGUGCUGUAAUUGUUAUAUGUUUAGAGACUUUAGUGAUACAGCAUGGAACCAGGCACUUCAGCCCACCGAGUCCGCGCCAACCAGCGAUCACUGGUACACUAGUUCUACCUUACACAGUAGGGACAAUUUACGGAAGCCAAUUAACCUACAAACCUGCAUGUCUUUGGAGUGUGGGAGGGAACUAGAGCACCUGGAGAAAACCCACGUGGUCACAGAGAGAACGUGCAAACUCCACACACAGCACCCAUGGUCAGGAUUGAAAACUGGGUCUCUGGCACUGUGAGGCAGCAGCUCUACCGCUGCUCAACUUAUUCCUUGAAAUGAUUAUCAGACCACUGACCUAAGAAUGUGUUAUUAGUGGAUUAUGUAGCGCACCAUUUUGGUAAAGUGAAUUGCCUGACAAACUGUGUGAAAACCACUAUUCUAAGGUAUCACAUGAACCCAUACCUUUCAUCUCAGAGCCACUGAGGUUAGCUAUCUAGUUCUCUUCCUUUAUAUUAGACAUGCAUUG